ACCGAACUUCCUAUUCAACACACGCAAAAAAAAAAAAAAAACUCAUGGCGCCGGCUGCGAGGAGCGAGCCAAUUACAGCAUGCCAUGUGGUGGCCGUGCCGUAUCCCGGCAGAGGCCACGUCAACCCCAUGAUGAAUCUGUGCAAACUGCUGGCGAGUUUGAAGCCAGAUCUCCUCAUCACCGUCGUCCUGACGGAGGAGUGGCUCGGCUUGAUCGGCGCCGAGGAGAAGCCGCCGGGUAUCCGCUUUGCCACCAUCCCCAACGUGCUCCCCUCGGAGCGUGAGCGCGCCGCCGACAUGCCUAGCUUCGUCGGCGCCACACAGACUCAGAUGGGCGAGCCGUUCGAGCGGCUCAUGGCCCGGCGCGAGGAGCCGAUCCAUUUCAUAAUCGCGGACAUGUUUUUGUUCUGGGCGAUUGACUUCGGAAACCGGAUGAAUAUUCCGGUGGCAUCUCUCUGGCCGAUGCCUGCUUCCGUGUUCUCGCUGUUUUACCAUUUAGACCUCCUCGAGCGGAAUGGCGAUCACCCCUUUGACGUUUCAGAGAGGGGGGAGGAACGAAUAGGUUACAUUGAAGGAAUCGAGUCGAUCCGACUCAUCGACAUUCCAUCAAUCGCCUACUUGAAAGACCAGCGCCUCAUCAAUCUAGUCCGUCGAAUUUUCCACAACUUAACCAAGGCUCAAUACUUAUUAAUCUCUUCUAUCUACGAGCUGGAAUCCCAAGUAAUGGAAGCCCUAAACCAGGAAUUCUCAUUUCCUAUAUACACUUUUGGCCCUGCUAUACCUUAUCUCAAUCUCGAAAAGGUCACAGCUCUCUCAACUAAUAAAAGCGAUGACGAUCAGCUCUAUUUUGAUUGGUUGAACUCUCAGCCACCGAGUUCGGUUCUGUACGUCUCGUUGGGGAGCUUCCUGUCUGUUUCGGCUGAGCAGAUGGAUGAGAUUGCUGAUGGAUUACGGGCAAGUGGGGUGAGCUUCUUGUGGGUUGCUCGAGGGGAGGCGAAGAGACUGCAGCAACGGUGCGGGGAGGCUGCGGGGAAAGUCGUGCCGUGGUGCGACCAACUUAGAGUGUUGUGUCAUCCUAGUAUUGGGGGAUUCUGGACGCACGGUGGAUGGAACUCGACUAUGGAGUGUCUUUUCGGUGGGAAGCCUAUGAUCUGCUUUCCGAUAAUCCUUGAUCAAACAACAAUCCGGAAACAUGUGGUUGAGGAUUGGAAGAUCGGAGUGGAUUCGAAAAAGGAUUUGGCGCCCGGAGAUAUACUGAGGAGCGGGAAAAUAACUGAGAUUGUGAAGAAAUUCAUGGAUGCAGAUAGCAGUGAGAGAAGAGAGAUGGUGGGAAGAGCCAGAGAAUUUCGAGAGGUAAUUCGACAAGCGGUUUCAGAGGGAGGUUCUUCUUUGACAAACCUCGCUUCUUUACUUGAUCACAUUCAGCUGGCUGCUUCUGAUUCUUAAUGUUCUACUAUGUUCUUAUUUCGGUGUGUCAAAUAUCAAUACUUUGUGUUACUUUAUUUUAUUUUAAUUGGAAUGUAACAUUAGAAUUGUUUUGUGUUAGUAUUUUAUUUUACUUGAAUUUGGAAUAAUCUUACAUUGGAA